UACUCAGGUACUCGGGUUACUCGGGUUACUCAGGUACUCAGUUACUCAGCUACUCAGGUUACUCAGUUACUUUGGUACUCAGUUACUCUGUUACUCAGCCACUCAGUUACUCAGUUAAUUUGGUACUCAGCUACUCAGUUACUCAGUUACUCUGUUACUCUGUUACUCAGCUACUUUGGUACUCAGGUUACUCCGGUUACUCAGGUACUCGGUUACUCAGGUACUCGGUUACUCAGGGUACUCAGGUACUCAGGUUACUCUGUUAUUCUGUUACUCAGUUACUCAGGUUACUCAGGUACUGAGUAUUGAAGUGAGGAAAAACAACAGGAAAGUGAGAGCAGAUGAAGAGACGAACACCACAUUAAGUUGAGAAAGUAUCAAAAAGAACAAAGAUCAAAAACUGUGUUUGCGUUAAACACGGUCCGUGUCUUAUUAAAGCUGUGCCUCUAACGUUUUGUUUAAAGUGAGAGAUUUGAAAUGUUCAUGUGUCGGAUAUAGAGCCACAGGUCGUUGUGAAAAGGGAGGUUGGAUUUGGGUCGAGGGACUUAGAGGGCUUCCAGAGAGUUCCGUGUCAAUCAGGUCAAACAUUCAAACUCGUUUACAAGGUGUGGUUAAAGUUCAAGUUCAAGUUUUUAAGGUUAAAAGUGCAGCUUAUUCUGAUCACACUGGUUACAAUCAAACUUUAUAUAAACUGGUAUCUGUCACGAUGUCUUCUGCUUUCAGUGAUGUCGUGGUGAUGUCGUCUGUGAAGCAGCGGUACCGGGACAUCAGUCCUGUGACUCUGCAACUGGUGGGCGGGGCUGUGUGCUCCAGUCUGUACUGUGGGGAGGUGGAGGGUCUGUCGGGGGGGCUGGUGGAGUCCUUUAUGGUGGAGCUUUAUCGCUGUAAACUCUGUCAGUUCACCUGCGGCCUGAAGGCCUCCAUCGGCAGCCACCUGCAGGUCAGGCACCGUCCCCCCACGCUCACGUACCUGGGGGAGGGCAACAGAGGGGGCGGGGCUGUGGACAGAGAGGAGGCGGGGCUCCGGCAGGGGGCGUCGCCCUAUCAGUUUGUUUUGAACGGAGAGUCGAAGCAGUGCGACGAGGACGAAGACUUCCUGCUCUACAACAUGCUGGACAACAUGAGCCCGCCCACCUGUGACAUCAGCAGCGAGGGGGGGCUUCAGGUUGCACACACGUGUCAGCACUCUUUUCGAGGAGUCCUCCAUGUUCCCUCUAAAGGGGGCUUCAGUGGAUCUGUCUCCUCCUGUCGACCCCCCCGCCACCCAGGAGGAGAUGGCACAGUCCGCUCACCUCAUGACUUUGGGGCUGUGUCGCAUCUCAGCUGCCAAACCUCCUCCUCCUAAUCUUCCUCCUCCUCUUCCUCUUCCUCCUCCUCCUCCCACCUCCUCCAGACCCCCCCU